CGAGACGCUAGACCCCGGCCCAAGUGGAGCUCUCUGGGACCGCUGGGGACUAGCAGGUAGCACCGCCGCCCACGGGAUCUACAGUAUGGUCGGAUGGGCAGCAGCUCGCUGUCAGAGGACUAUCGCCUGUGCCUGGAGCGCGAGCUGCGGCGGGGCCGCGCGGAUGUCUGCGGCGACCCCUCGCUGCGCGCGGUUCUCUGGCAGAUCCUGGUGGAGGACUUUGACCUGCACGGGGCGCUACAGGACGAUGCGCUGGCGCUAUUCACUGACGGCCUGUGGGGCCGUGCUGACCUGGCCCCUGCCCUACGCGAUCUGGCCCGCGCCUUCGAACUCCUGGAGCUGGCCGCCGUGCACCUGUACCUGCUGCCCUGGAGAAAGGAGUUCACCACCAUUAAGACCUUCUCAGGGGGCUAUGUGCAUGUGCUGAAGGGUGUACUCUCUGAGGAGCUCCUGACCCGAAGCUUCCAGAAGAUGGGCUACGUGCGCAGGGACAACCACCGCCUAAUGGUGACCACCCCACCCCCUGCCUGCCAGCUGGUUCAGGUGGCCCUAGGCUGCUUUGCUCUUCGGCUGGAGUGUGAGAUCCUAAGUGAGGUGCUGACCCAGCUGGGCACAAGUGUGCUUCCGGCUGAGGAGCUGCUCCGAGCACGACGGGCUAGUGGGGAUGUUGCCUCCUGUGUGGCCUGGCUGCAGCAGCGGCUGGCUCAGGAUGAGGAGCCACCACCCCUGCCCCCCAGGGGCACACCUGCGUCUUAUGGAGCCCCAGUGGACCUGUAUCAGGACCUGCAGGAAGACGAGAGCUCAGAGGCCAGUCUGUAUGGUGAGCCCUCUCCGGGGCUGGACUCACCCCCUAUGGAACUGACAUAUAGGCCACCACUCUGGGAGCAGAGUGCCAAACUGUGGGGUUCUGGGGGCCAGCCCUGGGAGUCUCCAGCUGAUGACCUGCAUCGGGCCAGCAGCCCACCAUAUGGGGCCCUGGAAGAGGAGCUGGAGCCAGAACCCUCUGCUUUCUCCUUCCUCUCUCUGCGCCGUGAGCUGAGUCGCUCGGGGGACUUAGCUACCCCCGAUGCCCCUGGGAGCCCAGGGCAGGCCAGCCCCCGACACAGGCAGGCAGAAGGAGCACCAGCCUCAGCCUAUGGGCCUGCGGUUGAGCCUCUAAGCUACCAGGCACACAGCUGCUUGAGCCCUGGUAACCUGCCCACCCUCUGCUGUGACACCUGCCGCCAGUUACACGCUACCCACUGCACGGCCCUAUCAGCCUGCCGCCCAAGUCAUUCACUGCGCAUACUUCUGGGUGACAACCAGAGACGCCUGUGGCUGCAACGAGCACAGGUGGAUGGAUACCCUGAUCUAUGACAGUCCUGCGGCCCAUCCCUAGGCCCAGAUGGACCCCAAGACCAGAGUUUGGGGAGAUAGUUUCCAUGGUGCUUCUUUUGGGAAAGGGCCUAGGCCAGUAGCUGCCCAGGCCCUCCUAUUGCCCAGGGGAGUUCAGUACCUAUAGUUGGAAUGUUCUUGCCUGGGGCUGUAUCAGGCCCCUCCUCACUGAUGUGCCGUGUUUCAGUCCUGUCUACAGCAGGCCCUGAGCUGAAUCAACAAGAUCUUCCCUCUUGUUCCUAUCCUUAUGCCCAGAUGUGCUGGGUAGAGAAGUCCAGGAUGCCCAUAUUACAGUACCCAAACUCACUCCAAGAAGGACCCCACCCUGCUCUCUACCUGCUCCCUGCAGGCUAUGGUUCAGGAUAUGUCGUCCCUUUCUCCGUGUGCUGAGAAAUCUUACCCAGGAGCUUGUUCAAGAGCCUGUAGACUCCAUAAGUUAGAUUGGGCCGUGUGGGAGGCUCUGACAGGGCAUAAGUCACUUAGCUGAGAGGCCCCCUGCUAACCCCUGCUGUUAGUAAGGAGCCCUGCAAAAACCGGGCACCAGGAGAAGCUCUUACCCCCCACCCCACAUCCAGCAGAAAAGGUUCUCAGCAACCAACUGUCUACCAGCCAAAGAGGGGGUGAACAUAUACAGGCCACCCCUUGGGUUACUGCCAAAAAGCAUCUCACUGCCCCAUGUAGCUCCUUGAAGGCACACAGAUAACCAGGAAGAAAGAAGUUAUACCCUCUUUUCCCUUGGCGAUAGCCCAGGGCCCGUCACUGGGCUCCCUACACCAAUAACCCACAGGACAGUCAUGAUGAAGGGCUGGGCUUGCAUCAACCCCAUGGAAGCCCGGGCACAGCAUUGCUGCUCUGAACACCUCCUCUACUGACACCCCUUGGCCACGGCUGUUCCUACUCCUCACUCCCAGCCCCUCAGAGGACACUGUCCAUGCUGCAUGGAUCAAAACCCCAGAGUACAUUAAAGGAUUGUGAAACUGUC